GGUACGGUUUGAUCGCAGGCUUCUCGAGCACAUCGAAAACACCUUCAACCUACGGAAGACGAAUUCAACUGCGGUGGAAUCAAGAUGGCGAUGGCUGCUUAGGCGCAACGCGAGUUCGCCAUCUACCUUUUCCUCCUCGGGCUCUCGCUUCGAUGGCAAUGGCAAUCUGUUUUUGGUUUCCUUUGCUGGCGAGACGUGAUUAGCCGCGGAUAUGCGAUCGGUACCGCCUCGCCCCUCGCCCUCGCUGGAAUUUUCCGAUUAGAAUAUGUUUCGAUUCCUUCUUGCAACCAGAGUUUUCCAUGCGCCAUUCUGAAGGCGUUGCGUUUCGUCCCUUGGUUUGCGCAGCGUCUCCUGGUCGGAGUUUGAAAGAGGCGAUUUUGGGAUAAUAUUGCCCCCCUUUUUUGCUGCUUAUUUUCCCUGUUAGAGGAGGAUUUCUUGUUCUUUGAUCUAUAAAAAAUAUCGCGCCUUGGCGAGAUUUCUUGUCUCUUGUUACACCAUAGCAUCCAUUGCAUUCCCCUAAUAAUUGUUCGAGUUUUUGGCUUCUUGGAGGUUCUUCAAUCUCUCUCUAGUUUUUGGCCGUCUUUGUGGCUACGAUUUGUUUUGCCAAUUCCAGAGUUAAAAGGUGUAAGUUUUUGAAUGCUUUAUAACUGCACGAAAGUCAGAGACUUGGAAAGAUGUAUGCUGUGGAGAAGCUCGGCAGCUACAUCUCCCGGGGCGUGUACACUGUCUCCGGUCCCUUUCAUCCUUUUGGAGGAGCCGUGGACAUCAUUGUCGUCCAACAGCAAGAUGGGAGCUUCAAGUCCUCGCCAUGGUAUGUCCGAUUUGGGAAAUUUCAAGGUGUUUUGAAGACGAAGGAAAAACUUGUGAAGAUAUCCGUUAAUGGCGUCGAAGCUGGAUUCAACAUGUAUUUGGACCAUAAAGGGGAAGCCUUUUUCCUCAGGGAUGCUGAAGCUGGAGAACAAGAAUUUUUCAUGUCACCUCCCACAUCUGGGGAUGAGACAGAGGGCACGAUGACGAACUACCAAUCUGAGAAGAACCUGAAUUUUGAUGCAGAGGGAUCACAGAAGGAAAUGGUCACUCAGGUGAGUAAUGGAAACAGUAAGCUUGUGACUCAAACGAGCUCAAAGCGAUCUACAAUUCUCGGCUUUGUAUUUGGACGUAAGACAUUUAAAGAAAUUCAUGACGGUGAGAAUGUGAAGGAAGUGAACUCAAUGGAACGUGCCGAGAUUACAGCUGACCUGCUGGAGGUAAAAUGGUCGACCAAUAUGAAGUCCCGAGACCAAAGAGUUGAUGAAGUAAAAUCACCUGAUAAUGGUGAGAUGAGUGCCUAUGUUUCUAAUGACAAUUAUGGUCCCCUGACAACUUUUCCAAAAGAUUGUUUGCAUCCCAAUGAAAAUCUUAAUGCUUAUGGUGGGGGAAUGGAUAAUGGUUGUGGAAAAACAAUAUCAACUGGAGAUAAUUUGGAAGAACUAAAACAUAGAGUUGGUGAGGAGCCUGCAGAUGUAUAUUCAUCUGAGGGUGGUAAAAAUUCAACUUGUGAGAGAAAGAACUCCGAGUUUGUUUCUGAGAGUCCUGGCAACAACCCUCAGAUUGCUAACUUUGGUUUUGUUGGAAUUUCUCCUCAUUCUUUUGGUUCUCACAGUGAUGAGCUGGGUGAAAGUAUGAAUAACAUGCUUAGUGGAAUAAUUUCUGAAGAGAUGGCCUCCUGUGGAGACGUGCAGAUUGAAACCAUGGGAAUUAAUGAUACAGAUGUGAGGAACAAAUCAGUACCUGAUUGGGUAGCACUGCAAUCUGAUGAAACUGGUGUACAGAAUUCUAGUUCAACUUCAUAUUGUCAUGAUGAAAUGCAGUGCCAUACUGAAAGUCAUAUGGAUUCAACAUUAGCAGUAUCUACAUUAGAAACAGGAAACAUGGAGGUUAGUUCUUUCUGUUAUUGGCAGACUAUAGAAAGCUCAACUAACAGGUCUAAUAUUACAGAUUAUAAAAUUACUGAUAAUCUGGGGCCUAUUUCUGGUGGGUUUGAACAUUGUGAAAGUGGAAUUUUGUGUCGCGCUAACAUGGUCCUCGAAGUUAGUUCAAUUGCAGGAGUGGGUGCAUCAUUAAUUAAUGAAAAUUCUGAAUAUAACCAUGACCAGAGCUUAGAAACAGCUAGAAAAAGUGAGUCUUCAUUAUCUGAAAACUCUCAGUAUGACUCUCCCAUAGAAGAGGCUUUGAUAGACUCAGAUAACUAUGACUUUGGUUCUAUGUCCUAUCCUACCUCAUAUUUUAAACAAAUUUCAAGUGGUAUCCGUUUUUCAUUGAACGAGCAGAUACCAGGCUGUGAAUCUGAAGUCAUUUCUGUGGAUGCUGUGGCAGGGGAAUCUGCUCAUGUCCAAGAAAUGAAUUUUCAGAAAAUUGAUUUGCUGGGUAAUCAUUCUUGCAUGGAGGAAACAGGAAUUGCACAAGUUGCUUCUUGUCCUGCUUCUAUACCCGGUAAUCCACCCAAGUAUGGCGUGUUCACCAAAUCAGCUAGCAUUUCCGAACUUCUCAAUUCCUACAACUCAGAUAAUGCAGCUCAGGAAGUAGAAGGUUUUGAUCAAAAGUGUAAUUUGACAGGAGUGUAUUCUUUGGAGCAUAUCAAUGUUGCUCGAGAUCUCAGCACCGUCACUAAGCCUCGAGAAGUAGCAGAAUAUAGUGUUUCACACUUUGAGAGCUCAGAUGAUGUUCAAUUCCCAUUCAGUGAUAUAGACAACUAUGGUGCUAAAGAAAUUAACCCAGAACUAUCUGACAAUGAGAAAGUUGGUGAAACAAAAUAUUUCCAAUCACCCAAUGCAGAAAUUGAUCUAGAAACGCAAGAUUUGGAAAUAAAAAACAAUAAAUGCUCUCUUAGUAACUCUGGCGCCUUCAGUUCUCAAUCUAGUCCUAUGGUUAUUUCCAGUUGUAAGCGAUGUUCUGGGGUAAAUGAGCUGUCAUCCAAAUCAUUGCCCAUUGUCCGAAGUCAUAUUAAGGAUCUUGAAGUCUCUCCUCUACAUCACUCAUUGAGUAGUUGCUCAUUGGUUGAAAAAAAUGACAUCCAAGAGGCUGUUAUUUCUUCUGACAGUGAAGAGGAGGAACCAAAAAGCAGCUUGACAAAUGUCACAGUAGAGGUAUCUCUAUGCAAUCACUUGCUAUUUGAAGGGAUGGGAAUAGAUGCAGCUUGUCAACAAUUUGAUGCUGAGAAGGUGAAUGUGGAGAAAUUCAUCGCAUUAGGUCCUUCAGUUGUGAAGGAUGAACGACUUGUUGUUAGAAUUGGUGAUCAGUACUUUCCAUGGAGUGCAGCGGCACCUAUUGUUUUGGGAAUGGUUUGCUUUGGUCAAAAAGAGAUGCUCGAGCCUCAAGGUAUGAUACCUGUGGAGAGAGUUGAGAAAACACUUGGAACUUCAAAAAGUAUGCCCAUACAACCUCGGGGGAAUUGGAACAUAUGGCCUUUUGUUAAGAAGUCUAAAACCUUAAGUAAUCCAGAAGCACUCUCUGAAGUUGGCAGUGACUUAAUUCUGGAUCCUGAUUUUAGAAGUAAUGGAAGAAUAGCACAAGAAAGUGACAUUAUAAAAAUCAAAAACUCCAAGAAGGUGCAAUCACUCACCCCAACUUCUGAAGAACUUGCUUCAUUGAAUCUUAAAGAAGGAAAGAAUGUAGUCACCUUUAAUUUCUCAACUGCAAUGCUCGGAGUGCAACAGGUAGACGCCAGGAUCUAUCUUUGGAAAUGGAAUACUAGGAUAGUUGUCUCAGAUGUAGACGGAACUAUCACCAAAUCAGAUGUUCUUGGACAGUUUAUGCCUUUAGUUGGUAUGGAUUGGUCCCAGACAGGUGUUACUCAUUUAUUUUCUGGAAUCAAGGAUAAUGGAUAUCAAUUGCUCUUUCUCAGCGCUCGAGCAAUUUCACAGGCUUAUCUAACAAGGCAGUUUCUUUUCAACCUAAAACAGGAUGGAAAGGCUUUGCCAGAUGGUCCAGUUGUCAUAUCUCCUGACGGUCUCUUUCCUUCACUCUACAGAGAAGUUAUCAGAAGAGCUCCUCAUGAAUUCAAGAUCUCAUGUCUAGAGGCAAUCAGAGCACUUUUCCCACCUGAUUGCAAUCCAUUCUAUGCUGGCUUUGGAAACAGGGACACUGAUGAGAUUAGCUACCUCAAGGUUGGAAUUCCUAUAGGCAAGAUCUUCAUUAUUAAUCCUAAGGGCCAGGUUGCAGUAAAUCGCCGAGUUGAUACGAAAUCUUAUGCUUCUCUCCACCAGCUCGUUAAUGGAAUUUUCCCACCCAUGUCCUCAUUCGAGCAGGAGGAUUACAAUUCAUGGAACUUUUGGCGAUUACCUCUUCCUGAUGUCGAUAUUUGAGCAAAAGAGUGCACCGUAUAUCAUCAACGGAAUUCAGCAUGAAUACUGCUAUCGGUGGUGGGUCGAUGUACAUACACAAGAACACACAGCCAUGGAGUUUCCUGUUAUUUUUUGCUUGUUUUUUCUUAUCCAUGUCACAUCUUGAUGGAUAUAUACUUGUACUUAUGAUCAUAUCAGAGAAAAAAGAGUAACAUUUAGCCUU